UACUGAACACUCAACGAAGCAGCAUCGACUUGUGAAUUUACAACUGAAAGUAUUAAAUUCCGCGCUUAUUGUGACCGUAUCUCGCGAUUCAAAACUGCUAAAAAGUUGAUUAUUAUUUUGUUGUUUUUUGGCAAAUUUUUACUAUUCUUCCGUCCAUAUAGUAGUUCGUUGAGAAAGUUUUAAAUCCGAGUUUUAAUUUUGUUUUACGUAAUUUUGCGAUUAGUAAACAACAAAAUGCAUUAUCGAAGAUGACAAUAAAUUCAAAACAAUGUACUAAUACGGACGUAUUUUGUAAUUAUAUGUUUGUUCUGCAUCAUUCUAAAACUUGAAUAUUAUCUUUGCAUCGUGUUUGUGUUGGUGUGUGAACUCGAAAAAAAACUAAUUUUUUCAUCGUGAUCGCCGCAUCCCUUUGUGGCCAAAGUAUUCCCGGUUCAGUGUUCCGUAAAUUCGCGUAAAACCUGCGCAAAUUUCCUAAUCAUUAAAGCGCGCCGGUAUUGCCUAGCGUUUUUACCAGUCAAAGAAACCAUGCCUCAACGUAAAUUAAUAUAUGGAAGUCUCAUACUCAGCUCCGUACUGCUCCUGCUGAUAGCCCGAUUAGUAGUCUCGAUACCGACCUCGUUCCUCGAACAAGUACAAGAAAGAUCGGAAAAAAGUCGAGAUAAAAGAUCAUUCUACGAUAUCCAUUGUAAAGGCAUUUACGACAAAAGCAUUUUUGCUAGAAUAGAUCAAAUUUGCGAAGACUGUUAUAAUUUAUUUAGAGAGCCAAAGCUGCACUCAGUUUGCAGGCAAGAUUGUUUUACGACUGAAUACUUCAAAGGAUGUGUUGAGGUAUUACUGCUUAACGAUGAAUUUGAGAAAUAUCAAGAAUGGAUAAGAAGACUGAACGGGCUUGGGGUUUAUUAGGGCUGAUUGCUUCAACAACAAAUACUUCCAAGGUUGCCUCAGUACAUUGUUGUUGACCGAAGAACAAGAAGAGAUCAAUCAGCUAGUUGAUUUUUUGGGGAAAUAAGAAAUGACGGACUGUACACUCGGUGACUUGCCACAUGGAAAGCCACAAAUUCUAUUCUAGUCUUUAAAAAGAGCAGCAUUGUUAUUUUAAGUUGUUGUUCUUUUAUAUAAAAUUCGAUUUUAGUUAAUUUAUUUUCAUUUUUUUUUUUUUUUCAUUAAGCUUUAUAAAUACGGUUUAUUUUUAGCACAUCAUCGCCUACAAUUGCAUUAAAAAUUGAUUGUAAAAUACACUGUUAUUUAUUUCAUGUUUUAUAGUUUGUUCUUUUAUUUUUUUCCAUAUACAAUUUUUUGUUAGCAGUGUAA